CAUCGCACAGCCUCCUUGGCCCAGGAGCGGUGGCCAGUGGCUAGUGCCUAGUGGCCAGUGGCUAGUGGCCGGGCAGGGCAGGGCAGGGCAGGGCGCGCUUCUUCUCCCCUCACUGCUCUCCGGAUUACCUGCCGCCCGGGGAUUGCCAGCUCAGAAGGACUUGAUGGCGGGAUCUUGCGAGAUCAGCAACAUCAUCUCCAACUACAUCAGCGCCAUGUACCAGUCGGAGGAGGUGCAGCCAGCCUUGGACAUGCUGGGGCACCUUGGGGACGACGGGACCUUGGGACUGAGCAUAUCCCCCAGCCCACCUCCAGCACAGAGCACAGACAAGUCAGAGUGGUUCAAUGAGCUCCCGUACCUCUGGACCAAGGUGCAGGUGCUGGAGUGGAUCAGCUACCACAUAGAGAAGAACAAGUACGAUGCCAGCUCCAUCGACUUCUCCUGCUGCAACAUGGAUGGGCGCACACUCUGCCACUGCUCCAGGGACCAGAUGCGCCUCAUCUUUGGGGCCCUGGGGGACGAGCUCUACGACCGCCUGCACGAGAUCAGCAUUGCUAAUCCCAGUCCCCCCACCCGUGCAGCCUCUGAUGAGCUGAACUGGAUCAUUGACUUGCUGGAAAAAGAGGAUGUGACUACCCAAGAGACCUUCCUGGACUCCAGCCACCUGGAGAUGGGAAAUCCCUGUGCCAAGGACACCCUGGAGGACAUGAAGCCCACAAACCCUUUCCUAUCUACAGACUUCGCCUGCUUGCCUGGUGCUGUAUCCCCAGGCAGCUCUGAUGUCUCAGGGCCUGUGAUGUCCCACAGCCCCAUCUCUCAGGACUCCGGUGGAAGUGACCUUGACCUCGACCCUACAGAAGCAAAGCUCUUCCCUGAUGAUGAAUUUGCAAGGAGCAAGAAAGUGGACAGCAAACAUGGGAAGCGGAAACGAGGCCGACCCCGAAAACUCAUCAAGAACAGAGAGUGCCUGGAGAGCCGGAAGAGCAAGCACGCCCCAAGAGGUACUCACCUGUGGGAGUUCAUCCGGGACAUCCUGAUCCAUCCUGAGCUGAACGAGGGGCUGAUGAAGUGGGAGGACCGGCGGGAGGGAGUCUUCAAGUUCCUGCGCUCGGAAGCGGUGGCUCAGCUCUGGGGUCAGAAGAAAAAAAACAGCAGCAUGACCUACGAGAAGCUGAGCAGAGCCAUGCGGUAUUACUACAAACGAGAGAUUCUGGAGAGAGUUGACGGGCGACGGCUGGUCUACAAGUUUGGGAAAAACUCCAGUGGAUGGAAGGAGGAGGAGGUGCUCAACAGGAACAAGGAGCUGUAGGAGUCCUGGACAAGCCAGGGUCUGACAAGCCCUUGGGGGCCAGACCCGAGCAGGAAACUUUGCCUGCAGUAUCUGGAAGCUGUUGCCCCGUGCAGCGGGUAAAACUCCGACCUUUGUGUGGGCAUACUGGUGCUGCCAGCACCGAGGUGAUUAGAGCUCCAGUAGGUUAUUGUAAACUAUGUCUCCCACUGAAUUUGUAACUCCCACUGGAGCUGCAGUGGCUUUGGCUGUUUCAAAGCCUGGACAAGUGCAAAGUGGAAGAGAAGUUGGAGGAGCAGCUGGCACCCCAGUGUGAGCCCAGCAAGUCCUUUGCUGUCACCCCCUGCCUGCUGGGCAGCACCACUGGAUCACUUGCCAUCAGACAGACCUUGCAGAUAUCGGGCCCAUCUCUGCUUGCACCCUGUGUCCACCUUCAGCGCCCUGGGAUGGGUGAAGUUCUCCUGAGUGGCAGCUUCUUGGUGUGGCACCUGCUGAAGGAAGAUGGGAACAUUGUGGAAUUUCACUUGGCCCUGGAGAACCAUCCCAGCAGAGAUAACUUAGGACAGUGGGGCCACCCUGCAUUUCCAGCCUGGCUGCCUUCAUCUAGCAUCAGGCCUUUUCCCCCAAACUAGCUUCUAAUUUAUCUAAGACCCCCUCAAAAAAAAA